AUGGCUGUGUGUCACCGAACAAAAAGGGGCAUUGAAAGGAAAAAUGAAAUUCGAUUUCAACAUGGGAGCCAAGAAAACAGAACAAGAAGAAGAAGAAGAAGAAAAGGAAAACAAGAAGAAGAAAAAGGAAAACAAGAAGAGACUGUGAACUCUCCGAGAAAAGAAGAAGAACAAAAGGAGGGAAAUUUUGAUUUCCUGCGCGGGAAACCACCUGUCGAGCUUCCAAUGGGCCCGGAGGACUCGAAUUUUAUGGAUUGGAACGCGAUUGGGAGAGUCGCUCAUGCACAAUUUGCUUUAUCAAUGAUCUGCUCUUGCUGUCUCUUGGUCUCACUCACUUACACCGGCUUCAGCUUUCUUCGCUUCACCUCAUCAGCUUGGGCCACCUACAUCCUAUGCACAGCCUAUACCGGCCUUAAAGCUGCUCGUCAUCGCAACUACGCCCAUUUGGUUGCCUACACGGGAAUGGUUUGUUUCCAAACAGUUGUCUACAUGUCAUCUCUUUGUUGGCUUUUCUAUUCACUCUAUGUCAUUGACUAUCAUCUUCUCACAAAAGGAUCCUAUUAUGGACCCGUGUCGAAUCUGAUUCUGGUGAUGAUGUUGGGUGAGGUGGCAGCUCUAAUGGGUACCGUUUUCACCGGUGUCUUUGGUCUGUUAACCUGUUGCCGUGGAUUCGGCCGUAUGAUGGAUCACUUUGAUCGCAUGGUUACAGAAACUCGCUACACUCCUCAACCACAAAUCACAAUUCGUUCGAUUGUA